AUGGAUCCUUCCCCAGCUAUUCCUGCUCUCGAUCUCUUUUCCCUCAGGGGUCAGAACGUUCUCAUUACAGGUGCAACCAGAGGAAUCGGAGCAGCGUGUGCCAUCGCUCUCGCAGAAGCAGGCGCCUCCAUCUGCCUCGUCCAGCGCCACCCCACAAAGGAUGGCCCCGAACCCAACCUCACCACCUACAACGCCAUCAAAGCUCUCUUCGACAACGACGAUCCAGCCAACCAACGCACUCUCGAGAUCGUCCAUUGCGAUUUGGACAACCUCGACGAGGUCAAGGGCCUCUUCGAUCGCGCCCUCGAGGUCUUUCCAAACAAGGAGAUCCAUGUCCUUGUCAACUGUGCCGGCAUUCAGAGGAGGGCCCCUGCGGUCGACUUUGGGGAGAAAGAAUGGGAUGAGGAUAUUUCAGGUCAGGGACCGCAGGGUCACAACCCGGCUCCUGUUGCCACAAGAUGCGCCCUUCAUGUCCUCAAUGUAAACCUCAAAUCAGUCUUCCUCCUUUCCCAAGCCGCCGGUCGCCAUAUGGUACCUCUGCGCCGCGGCAAGAUCAUCAACUUUUGCUCGCUGCUGACCUUCCAAGGCGGGUUCACUGUCCCCGCGUAUGCGGCCGCCAAAGGUGCUUUGGGACAGCUGACCAAGGCGUUUGCGAACGAGUGGACAUCGUCGUCAACAACUUUCCGAUUUCCUGUUUUCGCUGUUUGUCGAUUUGGCCCUUCUGAUGCCCUCCGACCCCUUUGGCUCGCUCGCUUUCGAAAUUCCUCGCACAACGGAGAGACGGCGACUUGUGGCCUUGUUUCUGUCAUUUCGCUUCAUUUCUGUUGCUUUCUUGGUGCUGCGCUGGCGAGGCGUGAAAGGUCGAGCCCGGUCCUCUCCCCCGACGUCGGCUACCUCUAA